AUGGCGCACCUUCAGUACUACAGCUAUCCCGACGUUGGCGUUAGCAACAGAGAACAGUACUCGUUCAGCCAAGCUGUCAGAGUGGGAGACACCAUCCAAUGUUCUGGACAAGGAGGAUGGCAUCCUGAGGGCAAAGUGACCGAGAUCCCCACCGAAAUCAACAAGCAAACCGACCAAGCCUUUAAGAAUGUCGACUACAACCUUAAGCACGCUGGCGGCAAGGGCUGGAGCCAGGUUUUUCGAGUCAACUCGUAUCAUGUUCCCAUCAACAACGAAGCCCUCGCUGCAAUGGCUAGGAACUUUAAGAAGUGGAUGCCGGAUCAUCAGCCAAUUUGGACCUGCGUGGGGGUUACGAGACUUGGUGAAGAUGAUAUGAGGGUGGAGAUUGAGGUGGUGGCA